CCAGGUCCAGACUUGCCUUUCAGCCUGUCAGCUCAUCUUACCACCUACUAGAAGUGGGAGAGAGAUAAUUAGAUCAUCCCCUCCCGAUAGAGCUGUGAGAAGACGAAGACAAGACAUGGUUCCCAUAAGGAUGGGCAUUUAACUGGGGAGUGGGAGGAAAAUCCCAGCGAGCGUGGGAGUGUCUGAGCCCAGGCCAGCAGCGCAGAGGAGACGCACACUCACGUUCCGGCUUCCUUCACAAAGACAGAGAGCGCCGCAGGGCGCAGCUUCGCCGGAGUUAAAGACAGGCAGAGCCAGCCCUUCCUGCAGCGGGGACAAGAACCGGCACAGACCCCAGGAACCAGCUGGCACGUACCUCUGCUGCACACGGGAAACUUCCUUCACCAGAGAGUUUUAGGUCAUCUGGAAUGUCUUGCCUUGACGCUAGAAUCAUAGAAAUACAGGAAUGGAAGGAACUUCGAGAAGUCAUCAAGUCCAGUGCCCUGUGCUGUAGAAGGACCACGUAAACCUAGACCAUCCCUGACAGGAGAAAGAUGGGCCUGUACUGGCAGAUAGGAGAUCUCAGUAGCACUGUCCCGCACCAAGCCCACAAGACUUCAGCUGUGUUAUAACCUGCAAAUAAUUCUGGUGUGAGUGAUUGCUGGACCCAGACUAGGAAGGAGUCUAGUCUGUCAAAGAAGCUUAUUGGAACAUCUCUGAGGAGUCACCAAAAGAACCAGAAAGCAACACAUCAUAAACUCAACCAGGCUUGUGAACAAGAGUGAAAUACCAGGAUCCUGACACCUCCCCGAUUUCUGCUCUGUGACCUUGAGCAAAAGAUGUGUGAAAAAAAGAACUCAACAGUGGCUCACCCAAUCCCUCUAGGUCUGGCCCUGGGUAGCAUCUCACUGGUCACAGUCAUCAUGAAUAUUUUGGUCCUGUAUGCAGUGAAAAGAGAAAGAAAGCUGCAUACAGUUGGGAACCUUUACAUUGUCAGCCUAUCAGUCUCAGACCUUAUAGUUGGUGUAGUUGUUAUGCCGCUGAACAUUAUGUACCUACUGAAUCACGAAUGGGUACUGGGCAGACCAGCCUGUCAGUUCUGGCUCUCAAUGGAUUAUGUAGCCUCCACAGCCUCCAUCUUCAACCUUUUUAUAUUGUGCAUAGAUCGUUACCGUUCAGUUCAGCAGCCACUCAAGUAUCUCAAGUACCGGACCAAAAGCAGAGCUUUGGUAAUGAUUUCUGGAGCUUGGCUGAUUUCUCUUUUGUGGAUCAUCCCAAUUCUAGGCUGGCAUGCCUUUGCCAAUGGAGGGAAAUGGGAAGUGGAAGAAAAGACCUGUGAAACAGAGUUCUCCACAGUCAACUGGUUUAAAGUGUUGACGGCCAUUGUCAACUUCUAUGUCCCAUCUUUACUGAUGUUAUGGUUCUAUGCAAAAAUAUACAAGGCUGUCCGGAAACACCAUCAGCACCGAGAGCUCAUCAAUGGAUCGUUUCGGUCUUUCUCAGAAAGCAAAUGUAUACAUCGUGAUAAGGUGCAGGAAAAGCAAAACAUUGGCCACAAAAAGCCAAAUAAAGAUAUAAACACGAGUCUUUUGAAAGGAAGCUCUGUAGAUCCUUGCUGCAAUGUAAAUCUCUACUUCCCUCAGUCCAAAAGUAUGGAGGCAAAGCUUGAAGUCAGCAGCUUUGACAAACCCCCAAAGGCUUUCAUUACAGAAGAUGACAGCAAGGUUGUAAAACUGAGCUGUUUUCCCCUUGCCAUUACCCAGAUUCAGCCAGGGCCAGAUAAAGUGGGAAUGAAGUAUGUGCCUGUCAAGAAGGGGCCUUGCUCACAGGCUCCAGAACUGACACAGAGUGACACGUCAGAUGAGCACACUUUCAUUGAGGGGGCCUCCUGUAAAAAUGACUCUGAUCUCACCCCGAUCCCAGCAACUUCUAGUGCUGAGGAAAAGACUAACAAAGACGCUGCAGGCCUCAGUUACCUGAAGAGCACCUGGCGGAGACUGCGCACCCAGUCCAUGCAAGGGGUGCAUGUGAACAGGGAGAGGAAAGCAGCCAAGCAGCUGGGUUUCAUAAUGGCAGCUUUUAUGCUGUGCUGGAUUCCCUAUUUUGUGCUGUUUAUGGUAAUAGCCUAUUGUCAAAGCUGUUGCAACUACAGUUUCCAUAUGUUCACUAUUUGGCUUGGUUAUGUGAACUCCACUUUAAAUCCAUUCAUCUAUCCCCUCUGUAACGAGAACUUCAAGAAGACAUUCAAAAAGAUCUUUCAUAUUCACUCAUAAUACCUCAUCAGGCUGUUUUUAUUUUGGGUGAAAAAAAAGUGAAUCCAUGAUUUUUCAAAGAAAGAAAAACUUUCCAGUUUCAAAGGAAAUUAUGAAUGAGGUAGAAGGCUUUAAAAAUUUAAUUCGUAGAACUAUCACGUGAAAACACGUAUUUACAUGACAAAUAAGAGCUUUAAAGUUCAAAGUAUUUAAAGGGGAACUGGCUUUGACCAGGAUUCCUGAAAACUCAGGGCUCAGUCUCAGGACUGCUAUGCUAAUGUACAUAUUUUACAACUUUUAAGACUUCCUUUUUCCAUUAUGUAGAACAUAACUGGAGAGAUAGACAGAAAUCUUCAGUGGUUAUGAGCUAAUUAGAUAUGGAAAGAAAAAAGACUUCAGUUUAUAUGUUCACUCUAAUGUUCAUGUUGUCUUCUGUAACUUACUUUUUUUUUUAAAAUUAACCUGGAGACAUGCUGCUUGUUAAAGGCAAGAUCUCCUACAAGAUAUGGUAUUUCAUGUAGUCAAAGUCUGACCUUGAACUGUUUGAAAAUGUACCCUAUUUAUUUAUAAAUUCCCCCAGAAUCAUGCACUUUUAGAGAUACCAAGUUGCAUUGUCACGUACUAUAGAAACUUUUGAUAUUGUGUUUGUGUUGAUUUCCAGCAGCAUUGUUCAUUUUAUUGGAAAAGAUAUCAAUAUUUUUUCUAUAUGCUAAAAUUUUACCAUAUUUAAAAAGACUUCUCAAACCCACCAUACUACAGUCACCUUUGCUAAAAGUGAAUACAAUUGUUUCUAAACUUGUACUGUAAACUUGUACUGUAAUCUACUUUUUCCUCCUUCCUACAACUAGGACAAGCCCUAGCAAGUUUCCCUAAGGCUGGUGCAAAUAUGCACACAUUAGAUGAACUCUUCACACAAAGCUGCAUACAGCAACUGAUCUUUUCAAGGAAAGUGAAUAAUUCGAGUACAUUUUCCUUUCCCAUCAUUUAAGUUUAAUUGCAUCUUACAAGCCACACUGUAAUGGCUAUUACACAUUUCCUGAACUAAGCUAUGAAUGGACCACUUGUUCCAAGAAAACAAGCAGCUUGAUUUGGAAGGACUGGAGAGCCUUGCAGAGGUGACACGAACAAUCUGACACUUGCCUAUGCAUUGGCUGACUCCUUUGCCCCCUAUAGCUACAGUGUACCAGUAAUCCCCAGAAACAGACACGCCCUUCCACACAAUAGGAAUGAACCUCUACCCCAGUGAGUGCAUUUAGAUAUAGAUUUCUAAAUAUGUAUUAAUUAAAGGUCAGAGGAAGACAAUAAAAUAUAGUUCCUUAGAGCAGUAGUUUUCAACCUGUGGUCAGUGGAGGUCUGCAGACUGUGUCUACACUAUGAAAUUAUGUCGAAUUUAUAGAAGUCGAUUUUUUAGGAAGCGCUUUUAUACAGUCGAUUGUGUGUGUCCCCACUAAGCGCAUUAAGUCAGCGGAGUUUGUCCACAGUACCGAGGCUAGAGUCGACUUUCGGAGCAUUGCACUGUGGGUAACUAUCCCACAGUUCCCGCAGUCUCCACCACCCAUUGGAAUUCUGGGUUGAGCUCCCACUGCCUGAUGGGGCAAAAGCAUUAUCUCGGGUGGUUUUGGGUACAUGUCAGUCACCCCUCCCUCCGUGAAAGCAAUGGCAGACAAUCGUUUCGUGCCUUUUUUCCACGCAGACGCCAUACCACAGCAAGUGUGCAGCCCACUCAGCUCAACCGCCGCUGUUGUGUCCUGGGUACUGCUGGCAGCAGAUGGUGCAGUAGGGCU